AUUUGAUGGUAUGCAUGUAUGUAGCGUAACCUGUCGAACCCAAAGCCUUUCUUUUCCUACGAUCCUCUAAUAAAAAACCCGCUCAAAAACCCUAGCGAACAUCUUCGAGCUCUCUUCCGUUACCGCCGGCCUCGGCGAUCUCCGGUGUUCUUCUCCUUUUACUACUUGAUUCUAUAACGUCUCUUUAAACGAGGCGGAUUAACUCCACUCAACCCAAUCGCCUUCGCCUAUCCUAUUAUCCACCCAUAGAGUGACAGGAAGAAAGAGAUGUCGUCAGAGGAGGAAACAACUAAGCUAUUCCGCGUCUGGAAGACGACUCUGGAGAUGCUUAGGGACCGCGGUUUCCUCGUCCUUGAUUCGGAGAUCAACAUGAGCAUGCGUGAAUUCCUUGAUAGGUUCGGCGAGUAUUUCAAGCGGGAGAAUCUCGACAUGUUCAAGACCAAGAAAGAUGACCCAAACGAUCGGAUAUUUGUUUUCUUUCCAAAUGAACCAAAGCUAACUAUCAAAGUUGCAAAAAGAUAUGCUGAACGGAUGAGAGUAGAGCAGAUAUUAAGAGGAAUAAUAGUUGCCAAAGAUGCUCCAACUCCAAUUGCAAAAGGUGCAAUUGAAGAUCUAUCUCAUAAAUAUUAUAUUGAGGUUUUCAUGGAUGCUGAGUUGCUGGUCAAUGUUAACAACCAUAUGCUUGUUCCAAAGCAUGUGGUGCUUAGCAAUGAGGAAAAGAAGGAACUGUUGAAACGUUAUACUGUCAAAGAAACUCAGCUUCCAAAAAUGCUGUUCACUGAUCCAAUUGCAAAAUAUCUUGGCAUUCGGCGAGGCCAGGUUGUGAAGAUUACCCGAGACAGUGAGACAGCCGGGAAAUAUAUCACCUAUCGUUAUGUUAUUUGAUUCAUGGGCUGCGUGGGGUAAUGCUUUGUUGACUGUAAUCAAAUGAUGUUUAUUGCUUGCAGCGGUUAUUAUAUAUAUGCUAAGAACUACUUUUACCAAGUGUAUUGUAGCCAAGAUGCUUACUAAAUUCACAGUUUUUGUUGUGUGUAACAUCAUCUAUUAAUAUGGUUCCCCUA